CAAAUGUUAAUACAUGAAGGUCAGAAAGAAUUUGCAUGCGACAAUUGUGAGAGGAAAUUUGGGCGGAAAUCGCAUUUGGUCAGACACCAAAAAGUAAUUCACGAGGUUCGUAGAAAUUACGCAUGCGAUAAGUGCGAGAAGAAAUUUGGAUACAAAACGAAUUUGCUUGCACAUCAAAGAACAGUACACGAAGGUCGCAAAGAUUAUACGUGUAAUACCUGCGAGAAGAAAUUUGGACUCACAUCGACCUUACUCUUGCAUGAAAAGACGGUCCAUCAAGGACGUAAAGACUAUGCAUGCGACAAAUGCGAAAUGAAAUUUGGGGGACGAAGCAGUUUGCUCUACCACCAAAGAACAUCACACGAGGGUCGGAAAGAUUAUGAAUGUGAUAGUUGCAAGAAAAAAUUUACAAAAAGAUCGUCUUUGCUUUAUCAUCAAAAAACGGUACACGAAGGUCGGAAAGAUUUCGCAUGUAACAAGUGCGAGAAGAAAUUUGGAAAUAAGAGUUCUUUGGUGAAGCACCAAAAGACAGUCCAUGAUGGUCGCAAAGAUUAUCUAUGAGACAAGUGCAAAAAAAAGUUUGCACAUCAAUCUCUUUUUAUUACACGCCAAAAGACGAUCUACGAGGGACGCAAAGACUACGCAUGCGACAAAUGCGAGAUGAAAUUUGGACGAAAACACCAUGAAAAAAUUAGUCCACGAAGACAGUCCAUGAAGGCAUAAAAAAUUAAGAAGUUUGUUCAGAUGAGAUGUCAUCGAAUUUGAAUUGACACAUAAAAAGUUCAUCAGAUUCACUGAAAUUAUCAACUGUAUAAUCCUUAAAGUUACGUUAAAAUUGUGAUAAAUGCUAGUACAUUUUUGCAUACAAAUGCGAUUUUAUUUUCUACGAUAUUCAUAAUAAACAUAUCUAAAUCUCUAAAGGCAUAGGCGAAAAAAAGCUCGUGGAUUCUAAUGUAUGAUAACCAAGUUUUUUUAAACAAUAUAUUGCUUAUACGGAUAACUCAA